AUGGGUAAAACAAACACAAUUGUGACUGGAUACAAACAGAUAGGAGGUGUAACACUUAAAGAACAGAACAAACUGUACCUUAGAUCCAAACUUACAACAUUUUACCAGAGAAGAACCAACGUACAGCUAUUGCUGUGCCGAUCAGACAGUGACAUGCGUAACCAGAUUAUUCAGAAUUUUGAGAUGAUACUGCUCAGUCUUUGGUUUGUAAAAUAUAUUUCUGAAUUUGUUCUCGGAGUGGUCUUUUACUUUUUUGAAGUUGUUCGACUCUUUAUUCCACAUUCCAGAAAGGAUAGAGAGAGAGAGAUAGUUUUGGUGACUGGAGGGAUUGGAUUUUUUUUGGCCAAAGACCUUGGCCACCAUGAUGUUGCAACACAAGUCCUAUAUGUAAACGCAGAGGCACUGGACAAAACAGCAAAGGAAAUUAACUCUGCACUCGAUUUUUUGUUGUUGUAAAAACUAUUUGCCUAUUUCUGUGACUGUAGUAGAAGAACUGAGGUCUAAAAAAUGUUUCAGCAGGUUAAAAGAGACAUUGGAGAUGUGUCUAUAUUGGUGAACAACACCGGCAUGGUAACAGGAAAAAACACUUUCACUGAAGCCUCUGACAGUCUGGUGGACAGAACACUAAAGGUCAAUGUUGCUGCUCAUUUUCAGACUUACAAGAUGUUUCUCCCUGCUAUGUUGCAACAGAAGCAUGGGCACCUGGUCUGUGUUUCAUACCAUGGAGGGAUGUUCGCUAUGAAUGGCCUUGCAGAUUUUUGCGCAAGCAAGUUUACAGCUUUGGGGUUUGCAGAAUCCAUUACGCUGGGGAGCUAUAAGGAAGGAAUCAAAACAACAAUAGUGUGCCUCAAUAUAAUAAAUACAGCAAGGUUUGGUGGUUGUUAAACAAAGAAACCAUCCUUUCUUAUGAUCUUGGAUCAGAAAGAUGCUGCAAAAAAGAUUGUCGAUGCCAUAUUAAGGGAGAAGAUGUACCUAUUGUUACCUUCAUAUACUUUGAUGGCACUCAAAAGUCUCAUUACUGCCAAACUGGGCAUCAUCUUUGUGAACUUCUUUGAUGGGCUGGAUCAGAUGGUUCAUUUCAGAGGGGUUUUUCUACCCUUCAAAAAGUUUCAGGUGCCAAAUAUAUGAUAGCGUCUGUGAUCUAUUACAACUAGGCAAAAAGUAAUAUAAUAUGAACAAAACAUCUUGUAAAGCAGAAUUGCUUCUUUUUUUUUUUUUUACUUGAAGUGAUCUUAAAGGGAUAGAUUUAAUUUCUUCUGCUGAAGAUAAACGAAGACUUUUAGAAGAAUAUUUCAGUCCUGUAGGUCCUCAUAAUGCAAAUGAAUGGUAUCAAUAUUCUGAAGCUCAA